UUUUCAAACUACGUUUCAAACGUCAAAACAACUUUAACCUAGAAAUUUAAACAAACAAAAUCACAUUGAAAACAAUUGAAAAUGGAAGGACUCGAAGAUAAAGAUUUAACACCGAUGCUCGAGUACGAAACUCAGAUGUUCUUGGAUAUUGUUCACAACGACGGUUUAGUCGUAACUGCGAAGGGUCUCAGCAUGGAUUUGGUAUUGAUCAAUCUAUUCAAAGUGUACUGUGAUCCUGGAAACCUGGUGAUUGUACUUAAUUGCACAGAAUUUGAAGAAAAAUAUUAUGUGGAAAAACUUAAUAAUCCUAAUGUCCACACAACUACCUUUUCCACCAGUACAACAGAGAGAGAAGACAUCUAUUUAUCUGGAGGAAUACAUUUUGUAACCACAAGGAUAUUAGUGGUGGAUAUGUUGAAAAAACGAAUUCCAAUUGAUAAGAUCACAGGUUUCAUUGUCCUUCAAGCUCACAGGAUCUUGGAGAGUUGUCAAGAAGCGUUUGUUUUAAGAUUGUUUAGACAACACAAUAAGGUAAUUAUUUUUUUUGAAAUCAUG